UGUCGUGCUUUUCUUUGUUUUGAUCGCGUGUGAAUUCGUGUGUACGGGCUCGAUAUACAGUGGAAUAUUCGGUGUGACAGUGGAAAAUAAGCGAAUUACAAUUCGGUGAUUUCGUUUCUGUCGCGUGUACGCACUUCGAUUGAGUUCAGUGAGCGUUACUCGAAACGAAGCGUUGUGAGACUCGGACACAGUGUUUAUUCGAAUCUACGCCAUCAACUACCUCGAUUUGGAUUACGUGAAUCUAAAGCAACGGACGACGGGAACCGUGAGAGAAAGGGGAGCCGGAGUGAAGCUCGACAUUCAAAAAGGUCCGGCCGCUUGGACGAGGACGGGAAGGACGAGGAGCCACGUAGCCACGGUGGUUCCCUCGCCCGAUCGGGGAAACGACGGAUCUCACUCGCGGAAAUCGGUGACGAUGAGCUAGCGACACGACGAUGAGGAGGAUGAAGCAGCGAGCGCUGCUCGCCUGGCCAUGGUUGUGGCUGUGGCUGCUCGCGGCCACAGCCGGUUCCCCGUCUUCCGACGCUUCCCCGUCGACCACUCUCUCGUCGUCGUCGUCGGCGGCGGCGGCGAGCACAGGCCCCGUGACGAGGUCGUUCUCGCCCACCAUCCCCACGUCCACCUCCUCCGCCUCCUCCUCCUCCUCCUCCUCGUACGCGAGCGAGGGCACGAGCCAACAACAACAGCCCGACGACGAGUUCCGUUUCACCCUUCCGCUCUACAACGUGUCGAUACCGGAGAACUCGAUCGGCAAGACGUACGUGGUCCCUUACGUGGACGAGAGGAUGGGCAUAAAGCUGCCGUCACCGGACGCCAACCUCGACAUCCGUUUCCGUAUAAUGAGCGGGGACCGCGACAGAUUCUUCAAGGCCGAGGAGAGGACCGUCGGUGAUUUCUGCUUCCUGUUGAUUCGGACUCGUACGGGUAACGUGGACGUGUUGAACCGGGAGAGGAAGGAUCAUUACGUGCUCGAGGUGCGCGCCACGUUGAACAGGAACGACGGGAGGAAUCUGGUUACGAUACUCGAGGCGGACACCACCGUGGUUGUCACGAUCUUGGACACGAACGACCUGAACCCCCUCUUCUACCCGACCGAGUACGAGGCCACCGUCACGGAGGACACGCCUAUGCAUCGAAGCAUACUCAGGGUAAUCGCCGAGGACGCCGAUCUCGGCAGGAACGGGGAGAUUUAUUACAGCUUGGCCGAGGAAACGGAUCAGUUCGCCGUUCACCCGGUCAGCGGGGUAAUAACGCUCACCAGGCCUCUCAGAUACACGGAGCGAGCGAUCCACGAACUGGUGGUGCUGGCAAAGGACCGGGGUGCCCUGUUCCGGGGCAGCAGCAGAGCUAGCACGGCGAAGGUGACGAUCAAGGUGCGUCAGGUGAACCUUCACUCGCCCGAGAUCUACGUGCACCACCUGCCCGACAUCGUGGAGCACUCGAACGCGGACAUCUACGCGAUCGUGCGGGUGAUGGACAACGACGAGGGGAUGCACGGUCAGAUCGCGAGCCUGGACAUCGUGGGCGGCGACCCGGCCGGCCACUUCAGAGUGCGUCCAGCCGGCGGGCCGCACUCGGGGGAAUACAACAUCGAGGUGUUGCACCUGUUGGACAGGGAGACGGCGGUCCAGGGCUACAACUUGACGCUCCGCGCGACGGAUCGGGGGGUGCCCCAACGCUUCAGCUACAAAUUCGUCCCUGUCCACCUGGCCGAUCUGAACGACAACGCCCCAGUGUUCAGCAGGGAGAUAUACGAGGUGAGGGUGGCCGAGACGGCGCCCGUCAACACGCCGGUGAUCCAGCUGAAGGUGACGGACGCGGACGAGGGGAAGAACGCGCUUGUGUUCCUGGAGAUCGUGGGCGGGAACGAGGGUGGCGAGUUCUACGUGAACGCCGAGACGGGGAUGUUGUACACGGCCGUGAACCUGGACGCUGAGAAGAAGGCGUUCUACACGCUGACCGUGUCUGCGGUUGACCAGGGGAACGCGGGUACCAGGAAGCAAUCCUCGGCCAAGGUGAAGAUAAACGUGGUCGACACGAACGACAACGAUCCUACGUUCGAGCAAUCGGAGAUGGAGGUGUGGAUCGACGAGAACGAGCCGGCGGGCACGUCGGUCGUGAAGAUAACCGCCAAGGAUCGUGACUCGGGCGAGAACGCGUACAUCUCGUACAGCAUCGACAACAUCCAGAAGGUGCCGUUCGAGAUCGACCACUUCUCGGGCAUAGUGAGGACGAAACAGGUGCUCGACUACGAGACCAUGAAGCGGGAGUACUUGCUGCACGUGCGGGUGAGCGAUUGGGGCAUGCCGUUCAGACGGCAGGCCGAGAUGCGGCUGCACGUGAGGGUGCGCGACGUGAACGACAACAGGCCCCAGUUCGAGAGGAUCGACUGCACAGGCCACGUGCCGAGGUACGUGUCGAUCGGGUCCGAGAUCAUCACCGUCUCGGCCAUCGACUUCGACGCGGGCAACAUCAUCAGUUAUCGCAUAGUCUCCGGGAACGAGGACGGCUGCUUCGCCCUCGACUCGGCCAGCGGCGUGCUGUCCGUCGCCUGCGACCUGUCCGACGUCAAGGUCGCCGAGCGCGUGGUCAACGUGACCGCAACGGACGGCUCCCAUUUCGCGGACGUGAACCCCGUCCACGUGCACCUGGUGAACGCGAAGAGGAACUUGGGCUCGCAGGGGAGGAUACUGUCGGACCAGAGCGGGGCUUUCGAGUGCCGGGACACGGGUGUCGCCCGCCGUUUGACCGAGGCGAUCGCCGCCGCCGAGAGGAACAACAUGCCCUCGAAGGACGACGGGUACGCGCUCACGCCUAGCCGAUACGGGGAGAACGUGCACGCCCCCGAGUUCGUCGAUUUCCCAAGCGAGAUAAAGGCGAACGAGUCGGUGGGGAUAGGCACGACCCUGGUCAGGAUCCGCGCCAGGGACAGGGACUUGGACUACAACGGGAAACUGGUGUUCUGCGUCUCGGCCGGGGACCGGGACUCCGUGUUCAAGAUCGACCCCGACACGGGCGACCUGAACGUGAUCGGCCACCUGGACAGGGAGCGGGAGAGCGAGUACUUCCUCAACAUAAGCGUGUACGACUUGGGCAAGCCCCAGAAGUCAGCCUCGAGGAUGCUCCCCGUCACGAUCCUCGACGUGAACGACAACGCGCCGAGGUUCGACAAGUCUUUGGCGAGCUUUCGCGUCUCCGAGACCGCUUUGAACGGGACCAACGUGUGGCGGGCGAACGCUACCGACGCCGAUCUCGGCGAGAACGCCCGGGUCACCUACUCCCUGGUGACCGAGACGAACGACUUCCGGGUGGAUCCCGUCACGGGAGUGCUCACCGUUUUCGGCAGGUUGGACAGGGAGCGGCAGGAGGUGUACGAGCUGAGGAUACGGGCGCAGGACAACGGGGGCAAGGGGGCGGACGCGCCCCCCUUGUACUCGGACGCUUUGGUCAGGGUGAUGGUGGACGACGUGAACGACAACGCGCCUAGCUUCGCUCUGUCCAGUUACACGGUGAAGAUUCGCGAGGACGUGCCCGUGUGGACGGUGGUCGCCGUCGUGGACGCCACGGACCCGGACGAGGGGGGCGGGGGCGACGUCGAGUACUUCCUGUCCGACGCCAUGGAGAGCGAGGGCUACUUCAAGGUCGACAAGGUGUCCGGCACCAUCAGGAUCACCCAGAGCCUGGACUUCGAGGAACGGCAGAUGCACACGUUGACGAUAGUGGCGAGGGACAGGGGCGAGCCGCCCCUGUCCUCCGAGACCAUGGUUAUCAUAGACGUGGUGGACGUGAACGAGAACGUUCAUCCCCCGUUGUUCGACGACUUCGUCGUUUCCGCUAGCGUGUUCGAGAACCAAGCUGUAGGCACUCUGGUAACCACUGUCCGCGCCAGGGACGCCGAUCCCCUCGGCGGGGACUCGAGGAUCGGAUACACCAUACGUGGAGGGGACGGGAUCGGGAUUUUCUCCAUCGACAACGAAGGUAACAUCAAGACAAAGGCUGUGCUCGACGUGGAAUCGAAGAGAGGAUAUUGGUUAACGGUGUACGCGCAGGAUCACGGUGUAGUUCCUCUGAGCUCCAGUUUACAGGUGUACGUGGAGGUGCUCGACAAGAACGACAACACACCAUUGACCGAGGUUCCGGUCUAUUAUCCAUCGGUCCUCGAGAACUCACCGGCAGGCGUGAGCGUUCUCCAGAUACGGGCGUUCGAUCGCGACGUCUCGCCUCAACGAUUCACCUUCUCCAUCACGAGCGGCAAUCCAGAGGGUUAUUUUCUCAUCAAUUCCACCACGGGUUUGAUCACGACCAGCGGACGGAAGCUCGAUCGGGAGAACCAGGCGGAACACGUUUUGGAGGUGACGGUCAGGGACGACGGAUGGCCGUCCCUCUCCUCGACGACCCGUGUCGUGAUCGCAGUGGCGGACAUAAACGACCACGGGCCCGAAUUCGAGCAAAAGUUCUACACCGUUCAGAUACCAGCAUCCCCGUCCACCGAUAAACCGUUGUUCCAGGUACUCGCGAAGGAUAAAGACAUCGGAGAUAAUGGAAAAAUUCAGUACAGUAUCAAGGGUGGGCGAGGCAAGGGCAAGUUCAAAAUUCACCCUACCACUGGAAUGGUGUACUCUCAACGCGGAUUCGAGGCUGGACAGGAGUACGAGAUGAUGAUAAGAGCGGCAGACUGCGGGGAACCGCAGCGCAGCCAUCAAACACGGGUGUCGGUGCAAGUUGUCGAGGUACCAAAGGAAUCCGAGAACCCACCAGUCUUCAAAACGAACAAUCAGAGUGUCGAGGUUACGGAGAGCGACAAGGUCGGGUUUCUCGUGGCACUGGUCCAGGCCACCGACAAGGAUGGCGACUAUUUGUGGUACGAUAUCAUUGACGGCGACAAAAGGGACGAGUUCUUCAUCGGUCGAGACAACGGAAACGUGCUGCUAGCGAAGAAACUCGAUUGGGAAACGCAAAACUUUUACAACCUGACGAUCCGCGUGACGGAUAGCGUGGAAUCUGCUGUGACCCAACUUCUGGUCAACGUGAUCGACAUCAACGAUCACAGGCCUGAAUUCACCGAGAGUGUUUAUCACGUGGACAUCUCCGAGAACGUGGAGAAAGGGGAGAAGAUCCUUCAGCUCCACGCGACCGACGAGGACGAGGACAAGAAAGUGUUCUACAGCCUUCACGCCGCCCAGAAUCAAGCCUCGUUGGAGAUCUUCCACGUAGAUUCGGUGACGGGUGCCGUUACGUUGAACGAGGUCCUCGAUCGAGAGACGAUCGAGGAGCACGUACUCACCGUGAUGGUUAAAGAUCAAGGGACACCGGCGAAACGAAACUACGCCAGAGUUAUAGUAACGGUACACGAUCACAAUGAUCAUGCCCCGGAGUUCAUUAGCGAGAUUAUCCAAGGAAAAGUGUACGAGACAUCUCCAAUCGGCGCUGCUGUGGUUCAAGUGUACGCCAUAGACAGGGACAAAGGAGACAAUGCCAAGAUCACUUAUUCGAUUACUUCUGGGAACGUGGGUAACAUGUUCACGAUAGAUCCGAAUCUAGGCGUGAUUCGAGUAGCUCGAGAAUUAGAUCUGAGCGCCUCCUCGGAAUACAUAUUGUUGGUAAAGGCUACCGACCACGGUUCCCCGGCGUUGGCCAAUACGGUGCCUGUACACGUGAUGGUAACCAUGGCCGACAACGCGCCACCUAGAUUCAUCCAAAAAGAAUUAUCCGCCGAAAUUUAUGAGAAUCAACAGGUGGGCACUUACGUGAAGCACGUGGAAGCAAGAAGCACGUCCUCUUUGCAGUUCGAGAUCGUUCAAGGGAACAAAGAUGACACUUUCUUCGUGAACCCGAGCACGGGCAUCAUAAUCAUCAAGAACGAGCUGGAUUACGAGAAGACGAAAUUUUACAACUUGACGAUAGCCGCGACCAACAUGGCGAGCGCGAAGGCGCAUUGUAACGUGAUCGUUCACGUUCUGGAUCGAAACGACAACGCGCCAAGAUUCCUGCAAGCCGCUUACAGCGGGGAAAUAAGCGAGGGCGCCACUAUAGGCUCCUUGGUACUCACCAAUACGAGUACCCCAUUGGUCAUAAAGGCGGAGGACGCCGACUCCGAGCUGAACGCCCUUUUGAAUUACGACAUAGUGGAGGAUUUGCCGCGGAAAUACUUCCACAUAGACUCGAGCACGGGCGCUAUUAGGACGGUAAUGGUUCUGGAUCACGAGACCGUUCCUAAGUUCACUUUCCACGUGAAGGUCUCCGAUCUAGGAAAACCGAAACUCUCCUCCGAGACCACCGCAAAAGUAAUGAUCCUCGUCACGGACGUGAACGAUUGUCCGCCCAAGUUCCUCGAAAACGACUAUAACACUACCGUGCUGCUACCUACGUACAAGAAUGUCGCCGUGAUCCGAGUCAGCGCCGUGGAUCCAGACAGUUCUGAAGGAGUACCGCUCAGGUACGACAUCAUCGAUGGAAACAAGGCGCACACGUUCGACAUAGACUCCCAAACCGGUGUGAUCACCGUGUAUAAUCCGGAACGCAUGAAGAAAAGCUAUCUGCUACGGGUCCGCGUCUCGGACGGAAAAUACUCGAGCGUGUGCCAGGUGAACGUGAUGGUGGAGAAGUCGGAGAACUCUGGUCUGAUGUUCCAGAAGGACGUCUACGAGGGCACCAUACCGGAGAACUCGACUCGAAUCACCACUGUCGCGGUCGUGAACGUUUUGGGGAGCGCGUUGAACGAGCACAUUGUCUUCAGUAUUCUGAACCCGACCGAAAUGUUUGUAAUUGGAUCCACGUCCGGCGCGAUCCGAACCACCGGGAUUAGAUUCGACCGGGAGGUUUGCGACCAUUACGAAUUGAUAGUGGAGGCGAGGAGUCAGAUGCCGGGCAGGGAGAAGCCGAGGGUGGCGCACGUGAUCGUGAACGUCACUAUAUUGGACAUCAACGACAACUGUCCAAUGUUUGUUAACUUGCCCUAUUACGCCGUCGUGUCUGUGGAGGCGCAGAAGGGCGACAUUAUUACGAAGGUGCAUGCAAUAGACAUGGACAGCGGCGACAACGGAGAAGUUAGAUACGAGCUGAAGAAGGGCCACGGAGAGUUAUUCAAGGUGUGCAGAAAAACAGGCGAGAUAUCUCUGAAACAGAAUCUGGAGGGUCACAAUCGCGAAUAUCAACUCACUAUUGCCGCAUACGAUGGAGGCAUUACACCGUGCUCUAUCGAGGUACCGGUGAACGUAAAGGUGAUAGAUCGAUCGAUGCCGGUGUUCGACAAGCAAUUUUACACGGACAGCGUGUUGGAAAGUAUUGAGAUACACUCGCCUCUAGCUUUGUCUAUACAGGCCGAGUCGCCGUUGAAUCGCAAGUUGAUAUACAGUAUAACGAAAGGGAACGAUUUCGAGGAAUUCGCUCUGGAUUUCAACACAGCCCCCGACAGUAACAAUGGUCCUUGUGUAAUCUACGUGGUGGACGAGUUGGAUUACGAGCAGAAGAAGCAGUACGAGCUGACCGUCCGCGCGACGGACAGCGUAUCAGGCGUCUACGCGGAGGUGCUCGUUAGCAUUCUGGUACUGGACGUGAACGAUUGCCCGCCCGAAUUCACUCAAGACUCGUACAACAUCUCGGUAUCCGAGGCAGCGCCGUUCGGCACUUCCGUGUUGAGAGUCAGCUCCAGAGAUAACGACACGGACAUAAAUCAGCAAGUACGCUAUGCGAUUCAAAACGACACGGAAAACAGCACGGAUCUGUUUCACAUAGACCCGGAAGAAGGUGUGAUCUUUUUGAAGAGAUCUCUGGAUCACGAAGCCCACGAGUCUCAUCACUUCACCGUAAUAGCCAUAGAUCGCGGCGUACCGAGUCUUUCGAGCACUGCCCACGUUUGGGUGACUGUGAUCGAUAUGAACGACAACCCACCCAAGUUCGAGCAACCCUCGUACACCUGCUCACUGUCCGAACACGCGGAACGGGGUCAAUUCGUGACUGUGGUAUCCGCCAGUGAUCCGGACUACGUUGACGAGAAACUAACGUACACGAUAGUCGGUGGCAACGAGCAACAAACGUACAACAUCGAUCAAUCAACUGGCAUUAUUUCGCUGAUCAACAUGCAGAACUUUGGAGAAAAAAAAUUGAGCAUGCUAAAUGUCUCUGUCACCGAUAAUGUCUAUACGAGCUUCGCACGUGUCAAGAUCGAGAUACUACCUGCCAACAGACACAAUCCUAAGUUUCCCAAUCCGGUGGUCGAAGUAACGGUAUUCGAGAAUCAGUUGCCUGGUAGAUUGGUCACUAGUGUGAUAGCCACUGAUGAUGACUUCGGAGAAUAUGGAACGGUCAUAUACAGCAUACCUUCUGAACUUAUGAAAGAGAUUUUCGAUAUAAAUAGAUUGACAGGAGAGAUUGUAACUAGGAAGAAAUUGAAUCGGGAAGAGCAGAAAUUGUAUGAAAUACCUGUGAUGGCUACCGAUGGAGGUGGUAGGUCAGGUUUCGUGAUGGUUAGGGUUAAAGUUGGGGAUGAGAACGACAAUUCACCCGUGUUCCUUCUGAAGGAAUAUAAAGCUAGUAUCCAUGGGAAUUUGACCAUAAAUACGUCAUUCUUGAAAGUGAAGGCUAAGGAUGCUGAUGAGGAUGACGCUGCGAGGAUCGUUUACUCGAUUUAUGAACCACAGACUUCGGAAGCUAAGGCCUUAUUUGGAAUAAAUCCUAAUACUGGAGCUUUGUUCCUGCAGAAAAGUGCGAUAUCAUGGGAAAAUCAGUUAUUUGAGCUCUUUAUUCGUGCCGAAGACAAAGGUGGAGCUACAACUCAUCACGCUGAUGUUCCUCUCAGUAUCUAUAUAAUGGGUCCACAAGAUAUUCCACCUCUAUUUGAACGAAAAGAGGACAAAUUCUUCAUAUCUGAAGCAUCUCCUGUCGGUACACCAAUAACCAGGCUCAAAAUCGUAACCAAUAGCACAGUCACUUAUAGAAUAGUUUCUGGAGACGAAGAUUCCCCGUAUUUCAUGAUUGAUGGUUAUGGACAAAUUACUUUAAUCAAACCUUUGGACCGAGAGAACAAGGACAAUCACUUGAUCGGAGUUCUCGCCGAAACGGAUUCCAGUCCUCCAUUGACAGCUCUUGCAGAAAUAUCGCUUCAAGUGUUAGAUGAAAAUGAUCAUGCUCCUAAAUUCGAAAGCAAUCCUUAUGGUAUCAGCGUGGCGGAGAACGUAGAAGAAGGAACAUCGAUUUUGAAAAUUAUCGCGCACGAUGAUGAUUUAGGUAGCAAUGGAGAAGUUCGAUAUUCUUUCGGCUCGGAUAUAGGCGAAUUGGCGAAUGUAUUCACGGUGGAUGCAUAUACUGGCUGGAUAUCGACAUUGGUUCAACUUGAUAAAGAAAAACAACCCGAAUAUAAAUUUCAAGUAGUCGCCACCGACAAUGGAAAUCCAAAACAUUUCGCAAGAACUUCUGUGCACGUCAAACUGAAAGAUUAUAACGACAAUCCUCCCGCGUUCGUAGAUGAUCGUUACGAAGCAACUGUAAACGAAGACGCACUACCGGGAACAGUCGUGGUCAAGUUGAUCACCGUCGACAAGGAUUCGGACGUGAACACACCUAUAGAAUUCUACAUAACAUCCGGUGAUCCGAGAUCUCAGUUUCAGAUUAGAUCGACUGGCGAGGUGUACGUGGCAAAAUCUCUGGAUCGGGAAACGAUCGAUCGUUAUGAACUCGAAAUAGUCGGCACCGAUGGUAAAUACGUUUUCAAAACACGAGUAACGGUACAGAUACUCGAUGUAAACGACAAUCCGCCAUAUUGUCUGAGGUAUCGUUAUAGAGAAAUUCUAUCCGAGGGUUCUCAUCCAGGCACUUACGUAUUAACUGUGCUCGCCACUGAUUACGAUGACGAACCAAACGCCAAAUUGCGUUUCUAUUUAACCGGCGACAACAACGACAAGUUCUCAUUGGACAAGGAGACAGGCGUCUUAAAGACGAUUGGUCAGUUGGAUCGAGAGACUCAAGCGAAGUAUUCACUCACUGCUCAUGUGCAGGAUAGGGACAAGCCAUCUUGGGAAUGUUCAUCUCAGUUAGAAAUCUUGAUCUCGGAUUUGAACGAUAACGCACCCAAAUUCACCAUGCAAACGUAUAGUGCAACACUGCCGGAAGAUGUAGAAGUUGGUACUUUGGUAACGAAAGUGCAUGCCACGGAUGAUGAUAUCGGCAUUAAUCGCAAGAUCAGAUACGAGUUCAUCGAUUCCGCCGAUGGCCAUUUCCUCAUCGCAACGGACAGCGGCAUCGUUACGCUCGGCAAACCAUUGGACAGAGAAACGAAGGCGAUGUAUAACGUGACUAUCCAGGCAUUGGAUCAAGGAACCCCUCAAUUGAUGAGCAUGACUUCGUUAAUCGUCAACGUUCAAGAUAUCAAUGAUAAUCCACCGGAAUUUGCGUCCAAGAUUUACUUCUCUAAAGUUCCUGAGAUCUAUGCGGUUGGCACAGAAGUGGCAAGAGUUCUCGCAACGUCUAAAGAUACCGGGGUUAAUGCCGAUGUUUAUUACUCAAUCGUUGGCGGGAAUGAACAUAAAAAGUUCCAGAUCGAUGCGCGUACCGGUGUCAUUAUAAUUGCGGAACAACUGGAUUUUGAGCGUGCAAGAGAUUAUUUUUUGACUAUUCAGGCUGUGGAUGGAGGAAUUCCGCCGUUGAGUAAUCAUGCCACUGUGAAUAUUACUGUGAUUGAUAGCAACGAUAACGCGCCGAUAUUUAGUGAAGUUUCGUACAGAGCUUCUAUAAGAGAGGACGCAAAGAUUGGAGAGAAAGUUAUACAGGUAUUCGCAAAUGACUUGGAUAGCGAAGAAAAUGGAAACGUAUCUUAUUAUAUAGAACGAGGUGACAGGCAAAAGCAAUUCUCGAUCGAUCAGAAAACGGGACAAAUUGUCGUUGCCGCUCCGUUGGAUCGCGAAGAAAUUGGUAAUUACGUGCUAGAGGUUCACGCCCGCGAUAGCGGCAUACCCGUACUUUCCAGCUUCGUAAUGGUAAACAUCGAGGUUCUAGAUGCAAAUGACAACUCGCCGCUAUUCUCCCUUUCAAAUUAUACCGCAGUAGUACAAGAAGACAAGCCCUUGGGUCACACUGUAUUACAAUUCGUGGUCACAGACGCAGAUAUCGAGCCAAAUGCCGCCCCAUAUACUUUUGAUUUUCGAUCUGGAAAUGAAGGUGACGCGUUCAGAUUGGAACAGGAUGGAACAUUACGAACUGCGACUAAAUUCAACAAUAGAGUGAAAGAUAAAUAUGUGCUGCAUAUACGCGUCUUCGAUAAUGGAAGUCCACCUUUAUAUUCCGAUGCUUGGGUCUUGAUCAAAGUAAUCGAGGAAUCUCAAUAUCCUCCGGUAAUUACGCCCCUAGAAGUGGUUAUUAAUUCGUACAUGGAUGAAUAUCCUGGUGGAAUUAUUGGAAAAGUUCAUGCAACGGAUCAGGAUCAAUAUGACACGCUUUCGUACAAUUUGAAUCCAUCGUCUCCUAUUCCAAACGAUCUUUUCCAAAUUGACAAAAUCGAUGGCACUUUGGUAGCUCUUCCACGACUCGAUGUCGGUGAAUACAAAGUAAAUGUCAGUGUAACAGAUGGAAAAUUUACCAUGCAUUCAAUAGUAAAAGUAAACGUUGAUUUAAUAACCGAUAAAAUGUUGGAGAAUUCUGUAAUUGUAAGAUUCAGAGAGGUUAGCCCGGAAAAUUUCAUAUUAAGCCAUCGUAAAGGAUUUAUCAAGACUGUACGAAACGCGAUGAAUUGUAGAUUAAAAGACGUCGUUAUUAUAAGCGUUCAACCUUCCACCGAUGAAAUAAAUUUAAUUAAAUCUCGCACUAUUCGACAAACCGUACACAAUGAUCUGGAUCUUUUAUUCGCAGUAAAGAAAAGUUCUACACCUCUAGGAUUUUAUGCUUCUGAAAGUAUACGGGAAGCAUUGAAUCAGCGUAUCGAAGAACUGGAAGAAUCGACGAAAUUGGUAGUGGAAGAAAUCGUCAGAUUUAAAUGCAACAAAGAGUACUGCGUUUAUGGAGAUUGUCAAGACAAAGUUGUUCUCGAUGUUACACAAAUAACACCUGUAGCUACUGAUGUGAUGAGUUUCGUUUCGCCGCGUCACAAACACAAGAUGGAGUGUAGUUGUAAAGAAGGAUAUGCCGGCAAUCAUUGCGAGCUGGUCGUGAACGAAUGUGCUAGAGAUCCUUGUCCCAUGUUUAAAGUUUGCAUUCCUGAUUCUUCUGUUCAAGGAUAUUUCUGCCAAUGCCCGGAAGGCUUCGCUGGACAAACCUGUGAUAUUGACAUCUCCAAAUGCCACGACGAAUCUUGUUAUAUUCCACGGAAUCCAAUAUCAUUCAGUGGCAAGAGUUACGCUCGUUACAGAAUCGACAAAGCCCACAUCAGACAGACCAUCGAGGAUCGUCUUAGUUUAUCUUUACGAAUCAGAACGGUACAAUUAACUGGAAAUUUAAUGUACGCAGCUGGCAAGGUCGAUUACAAUAUUUUAGAAGUUAUGAACGGAGUCGUACAAUACAGAUUCGAUCUGGGUAGUGGAGAAGGUUUGGUUCGCGUGAGCAGCGUAUACGUGAGUGACAGACAAUGGCACGAAAUCCAAUUAGAACGGGAAAGUAACAGCGCUAAAUUAACUGUAGAUGGAAAACACGUAGCUCAUGGAUCGGCGCCCGGUAUAAACGAUAUUCUAAAUCUUCAAUCCGAUGAUCUAUAUUUGGGCGCCGAAGUUAGACAACAUCCAUCGAUUCUGGGCUUUGAAGAUGUUCAACGUGGUUUCAUAGGGUGCAUGGAUGAUGUCAGAAUCGCCAGAGUAUCGGUGCCACUGCACAUGAGUGGAGCUAGUAGCGUUGCUGUUUUAAAACGCUUUGCAAAUGUCGAAUUCAGUUGCGACGCUUCUACAGUUCUCGUGUCCCCAGGAAUUUGCGGUUCACAACCUUGUCAAAAUGGUGGUACAUGCAAGGAUUCUGGUGGCGACAAUUACGAAUGCCAGUGUCACACCAGAUUUAAAGGACAUGCUUGCGAAAUUGAUACCGAUCCUUGCGCAUCUUCACCCUGUCUCUAUGGUGGCCGUUGCAAAAUCGUUCCGGAAGGAAGUGACUUUACUUGUGACUGUGUUGGACCAAGCUUAAGCGGAAAACGUUGCGAAUUCGGGAGAUAUUGUAGUCCAAAUCCCUGUAUCCACGGUGGAGUAUGCGAGGAAGGAAAUAAUGGACCUAUAUGCAAAUGUCAAGGAUUCAUGGGCGAUCGUUGCGAAACGGAUAUAAAUGAAUGCGACGCUAAUCCAUGCACGAACGGAGGUACUUGCGUGAAUGAAAUAGGAACCUACAGAUGUAUCUGUCCUCCCAAUAUGACAGGACUAAAUUGUGGCAACCCGGCAUAUUCCACACCGAUCAUAUCUAGCCAUUUUAACAUCACGUGGGAGCAGCUGAUGUGGAUUGGUAUCGCAGUCGUGCUGAACGUAUUUCUGAUCAUUAUAUUCUUCACCUUCCGUCGAAUCAGAAUGAAACGGACGAGAGCACGAGCGAACAAUAUCAACAACGAGACCAGAAAACAAAUCGUGUUAAACUCGGCACGACCUCACGAACACGAGUUCAAACGUAGCUCAAAAUUGAGCAACUUGGAAGUGAUACAGAGAGAACCUCCCCAAUGCCCUCCUAGACCCGCUUCCUACACUCCAAGCUCGAACAACGAGCCGGCCGCGUACGGUAACUCCGCAGCCGUGGCGUUAAAUAAUUUAGAUACGUUGCGUAGUUACGGCAGCGCCGGUGACGAGUUGGAAAAUUUCCCUCCUGAUUAUUUGAGAAAUCUAAACCGCAGUACACCCGUGCCCCCUCCAUCCUUAACCCUUGCUAAUCCAGUCGGUGGAAACGCUACAGGCAGUGACACGGAUAGCCUUCAUAAGCCGAGCUGGCAAGAGCAGAUGCAACUAGCUUCCUUCAUCACGGACACGACAAAGAUAAAGAAUGACCUGAAACGAGCGAGCCCAGUGGUACCAGAGCUGACCACUGGAGGACUUCUACUAAAUUCUUCUCGACGCGUGCCUCAUGGAGGUGGGACCUCCGUUGCCUCCAUGACGUCCAUCGAGGAUGAUCCUCGUAUAGUCGGUGGGUAUCACUGGGAUUGUUCAGACUGGGUCAGACCAAGCCAAAACCCCUUGCCUAAUAUCACGGAGGUGCCUGGAAGCGAAGUACCAGACUCGUCCAGCUUCCACAGCAAUGAGAGUAACGAAUCAAACACUCAUCAGUUACCGUCAGUGCACGGCUCUGUAGAUCCAGCGAGAGACAUCGAGACAUUGAACGAAGAUCAAGAAUCAGAAUACGUCGGGGACUCGGAAUGCGGGACUGAAUUUUCUGAACAAUAUCAAUGCGCGGAAACACAGCGUUUGAAUCCCCUGGACAGUGGCGGCGAAGGAGAAUACAAGUAUAAAAGUUCCGAAAGUUAUCUUCGCCAUCCGAAUUCUUAUCUACCGCAUUACAAUAUUCACACGGACACAGAGAACGAAACGAAUCCGUUGAAUGGACGUCUUAGUACUUUAGAAUCCGAUGAGGAGGAAGACGACGUAGUGCCUUAUGGUUUCCCAAGCACCCGACGAAACCGAUGUCACAAAGGAGACGAGGUCGAUGAAAUCGGUUCGGUGAUCACCACUCUCGAGGAAAGGAAUUCGUUGUUAGGCGGUGCGACGAGUAACAGCGAUUUAUCCACCAAUUUGUGCGAGAUUGAUGAUUCCGAGUACGAAAUCACCGAUCAAAAAAGUAACGGCCGUUUGUGGUUGUCGGGGAACGGUAUCACGCAGACCUCGGUGUGACAAACAGUGGUGCCACGACUUAAAAACAAAUUGAACAUAAUCGUCUUUUACUGUGCUUAUUGAAUAAAGACAGUGCGAAUGUUAUGUGAAUAUAAAAAGAAAUAUUGUACAUACGUAUUAUUGAAUCAGAGGUAGAGAAAAAAAUGAUAAAAAGUGUGUACAGAGGCAGCUAUGAAUAUAAAGAACUGAUGAACACGAGAUAAUUAAUAAACACGGUAUAAAAAUUCGCAUACUGAGCUAACGAUGCGCGUUGUUUACGCAUCGUACCUCAAAUCUCCUAUGUAGGUAGAGCUUAGGUACUCUCACGUACUUAAUUCCGCGAAAUCCUCGAAACAAUUGAGUAUGAAAAUGACGUAUUAUCCGGGAGCAAACAGUUCUUGUUUUCAUAUAACUUCCGUUAUAUAUUUAAUAAUAAUUGAAAUAGGACCAUUUGACGAAUUGGUAACUUAGAAGAUUGUAUUUUAUCAGAUGAUUUUAUUUAAUUAACAUUUUGAUAAUUUUAUGAUAUAUGGAUUAUUAAGAAAGUUUUGUUUCUUUUUAAAGAUAAAACAUCUUUCCAUUCUACCAAAGGGGAUGAGGUUUAGUAAAGAAAAAAUAUAUAUAUAUGUAUGUAUGUAUAUGUAUACAAUAUGAAAAAUAUAUGUAUACAUAUAUAUCGUGACAACUAUACGCAACUAUUAUGAGUAAGAAGUUAUCUUGAUUAAGAAUAAAAUUUGUUACUUGAGAGAAGUAAAUUUAAUCACGACCGCGUUGUCAGACCAAUGACUAUUGUUUAAUAAUCUAUCGUUUAAACUUAAAUGUUAUCCGCAACUAUAAUUCCACUGCAAAAAAAAGUACAUAGGUACAUUUAUGUAUUUUUACUAUUUGCUAACCGACUUUAUUUUGGUUACGUACGAAAUAAACAGAAGGACUACUUAAUAAUAUAGAUAUAAGUACAGCAUACAUAUAGUCUAUAGUGAGUAAAUAAAUUGACUCUAGUGAAAAAAAAAAAAACAGUGCUCUGCUUCUAGGGCGAAUAUAUGUGCAUGUCUGCUGACGUUUACUGCAGCAAAGCACAAUAGUUAAAAAGAUAUGAAAUAUUUUUACUGUGAUGAUAAUAAUGUUUAUACAAUGAUCAAAUACUAUGACUUGUAUGAUAAUGAUUGUAAUAUUAACUAUCCAACGUUUUUUAAGAGAAAAAAAAUUAAAGAAUCGCGGAAGAUAGUACUCCAAUUCCGUGCGUACGUAAUACUAAGUCAACGUUCCGUUCGUUUAAUUUCAUUUUUUUUUUCUCUCUUUUUAUUUUAUAUAUAUAUAUUUUUUACUUCAUUUCUUCUUUCAUUAGUCACCAUCAGUUCAACAAACAUAACUGCAUAUAUGGUGCUAUUACUUACAUCACGCUUUAACAUUUUUAUCUACUCGAUAAGACUGCUCAGCAAUGUGGAUCAUUCGCAAUUCAUCAACGCUCUUCAUAAAUUACUCAUAGUUCUCAUACCGUUAUUUUCAUCAUGAAAAUCUGUCCAAAUAACGAUAAUGAAACAUUUUUUGAACUGCCAACUUAAUAAUAAUGCCGUACGAACGAAGGCAUUCCCCUUGAUUAAUUUGUGUAGUUAAGCGUGACACACAAAGAGUCAAGAAACUGUUAUUUCUGUGCCUAAUGUCUUUUAAAUACCGUGUACUUCCACGCAAGAUACUUCUUUUUCCGUUGAACAAAUAUUUAGCAGCAGCUUAAUUGGGAGAGGUGUACACGUUCUGUUUAUACAUGUAGAAUUCUACUGACAAAUUCACUGUUUAUGUUCCUGUUCUCUGAUGUUAGCCAUCUUUUUCUACAUUUAGUACGAUAAACGAGUAAACGACGUUAAUAAUAUGAAACAGGGUGACUUUUUUUGUGUUUAACCGAGAGGAAAAGAAAUUAUUGUCUUCUUUUUGUGUAAGUUUGAAAUAGCUGUGCCUCUCCUCUCUGAAAUUUCAAUGCAAUUACUUAUAUGGAUACAAUGAACAUGACAAUUUAUUCUAUAUUAGAAUGAAAUAAGGAUAUUGUACAGUUUUAACUUAACAAAUUGUAUCGGAAUCAACAUCAACGCGCAAUGAAAAUUUCAGUUUGCGUCGAAGCACAGCGAAUUCUUAACUAUUAAGAUUAGUUUUUAUAUCUUAUGAAUUAACAGUGAAAAAACAUUGGUUAAAGACUGUAAAGCGAUGCGGAUCAUCCAUUUAUAAAUAUUGUACCAAUCAGUUUAUAUCAUGUGAAGGACAUUAUGAAGUAUUUUGUUUUAAAGAUAAAAAAGAAGAAACGCAAUAUUUUAUGGAACUUUUGAUCAAAUAACAACAUUAAGUUUUAUUAAAUGAAAUAUAAAAUAGACUUAAUUAAUUCAAUAUGAUUAAUAAUUUAAGCAAUUGGAAUUGAUCAAAAUAAAUAAAUUUCAUUUAUAUGCGUUUACUUUUUUAUUUUUCAAACUAUUUAUUAUUGAUUUGUGUACUUGAUAACUUACAAACUAAUAAAUAGUUCCAUUUAUUUCUUACUUUAUUGUAACUUGCCAUAAUUAUAGGAUGAUGACGAACGUAGAAAAAAUUAAACAUAAAAAAAUGUGGGUACAACUUCCAAAUUCACCGCAACACUUAGCCCUGCUAAUAGGAUACAUAUCGAUAUCAUGAAAUCCUUCAAACAAUGAGGAACUUGACUUGUUAUAAUUAGAAGGCUAUAAUUAAUUUGUACAAGAUCAACCUAUUGUAAUAAAGAAUACAAUCUUGCCUAUAUUUUGUAUUAUU